GCCGUGGCGGGGCCGCGCUGAGGAGGCGCCGAGGGGAGGGAGGUCCCUGCGCGCCCGCCGCCCGCCUCCCGCGCCCGCGCCGCCGCCUCCUCCUCCUCGGUGCGGUUCCGCCGGGCGCGAGGAGCCGCCGAGACCUCCGCCUGCGAACAAAGAGGAGGCCGUGCGGGGCGCGGCGCCCGCGGAGCAUGGCGGACCGCAGCCUGGAGGGCAUGGCGCUGCCCCUGGAGGUGCGGGCGCGCCUGGCCGAGCUGGAGCUGGAGCUGUCGGAAGGUGACAUCACACAAAAAGGAUAUGAAAAGAAGAGGUCAAAGUUAAUUGGAGCCUACCUUCCGCAGCCUCCGACAGCGAAUGGAGCUGCCGUGGUUCGGUGUAGACUGCAGCACAGUGAAGGAGCGCCGAGGAGAACAUUCCGCUCUGCCCACAUCGGGGUGUGCGACGUCCGAGAAGCCGCGGCCCGGGAGCGGGUGGCCAGCACCGCAGGGAACCGGCCUCUGUUUUACUUUCGUUUCGGGGUGGACCAAGCUUUGCCGCAAGAACGCCGGGCUCCUGUCACUCCUUCCUCUGCCUCUCGCUACCACCGCCGAAGGUCUUCAGGGUCACGAGAUGAGCGCUAUCGGUCAGGGCUGUCUGGAGACUGA